GGUGUUUAAAAGGAGCUGCAGGUGCAGGAUUCUCCACACAGAUGAAUGGAUUUCUCUCCAAGCACAGAUCCUCUACCUUCACUAUUGAAGUGCAUGUGAAUCUUAGGUAGCCAGUAGAAGCUUUGAUGAUUUUCAACAGAAUUUAAUGACAAAAUAUUUUUCUUUUGGAACUGGAAGAUCUGAAAAUGCUCAUUUGGAUCAAUAUGAAGAAUACACAGUUGCCUGAUGUGUAUUGUCACUUAAGAUAGAGACAAAGGGAGCAAAACAUAGAGAAAUACCUUUAAUAUGGAGACAUUCGUACCAACUGGCAACUGAACCAAACAGGCUUUUUGUAAUGUCAUCGUUGAUAUUGAUGCAGCUCCUUCUCCUGGGGUUGAGGGUCAUCGACGCCACCACAGACACAUGGAGACACUGUACAGAUCUGCUCCCUCUGGAUCUUCUGUCUUUUGUUCUCGAGAGGGACACCUCCAAACUUGUGCCAGGGGUGCAAAUGAGGCAGGCAGGAGGGGUGAGGGGGGUACAUUUCUCCAGCCCUCAUACCUCUAUGAGCUUUCCCUCCUCCCAGCUGCUGGUGAAUUGUGACCUGUUCCCAAAGGAAUUCUCCAUUGUUGUGACGCUAAAAGUCACUAACAUUGCACCCAAGAGAAAUGAAUACAUCUUUUCCCUGAUGGAGCCAAAAACAGGAGAGAAAGGAGACAUUUUGGACAGUAAUAAAAACAGGGGUAUCAGUGGAGAGGAAGACCAUGGAGAGGAGAAGAAAAAGGAGAGGCAAGUCAAAAGUAAUGACGAGCACGGACGGACCAUCCUGGGACUGAGGUUCUCCAGAAAAUAUCUGCACUUCCUUUUUAAAGGUCACGGAGGGGUCAUGGAGCACUGGGUGUUUCGAGGUGCCCGGCUGGCUGAUAACCAGUGGCACACUCUGGUUUUAACUGUCAGUGGUCAACAUGUGAGGCUCACGGUGGACUGCAACUCACCACUGGAAAUCAUUCCCUCCAGGCCUUUCCCCUCUGACCUCAACAUUCAGGGAUCCAGGUUUCACAUAGGCAGUCGGGGGAGAUGGAAGGGCUUGUUUUCAGGUCUGCUACGGCAGCUGGUUUUGGUGCCAGGUUCCGAUGCCACCAAUCAGAUCUGCCCCUCCUCUGACCCCCAGCUAGCAGCUCUGUCAGUACCACCGCUUCUCUUAGACCUGCCUGUCUCAGGGAGAGAGGGUGACAGCCAUCUGACUACCCAUGAAACAGAGGAGCGAGUGUCAGUGGGGUUGGAGCGUACAUGCUCAGAGCUGCUACAAGGCCAGCUGUGGUUCAGUCCUCUCAGGAAAGGCCUCUACCUCUGCGACGGCACAGUGUGGAUCACUGUGUUAGAGGAUCAUAAAAGGCUGGACUAUGUGAUGGAACAUCAGGUCCUCACCACCAGCUCAGAGACUCAUGAUGUUGAGGUUUUCCAGGUUGCCGGCAUGGGUGUGAUGGCUGCUUUGGCUCACCGCUCCAAAACCUCUGGCUCUGCUGUGUAUCUGUGGACCCAGUCAGGAUUCAAGCUCUACCAGAAUUUCACCACUCACGAAGCCCUGGUUUGGAGACACUUCAACAUGGGAAAGAAAGUAUUUCUGGUGGUGUCUAACUCUGGUGGAGGACCAAACAAUCAUUUUAACAAAGAGUCGGAGACUGACUUCUCUGUGAUUUACAAGUGGAGCAAGAGAAGAAAAAAGUUUGUGCAGUUCCAGUCUCUGCAGACCCACUGUGCUCGAGACUGGGAGGCCUUUACCAUCAAUCGACAAACCUAUCUCGCCGUAGCCAAUCACAGACAAGGUAAUAAUAAUCACACUAUAAACAGUGUGAUAUACAAGUGGAACAGGUCAACAAAGUCUUUUGAGGUUCACCAGAUGCUGCCAACCUCAGGGGCCUACGACUGGGAGUUCUUCACUGUCGGACCAUACCAUUUCCUGGUGGUCGCAAAUGCUUUCGAUGGAGUUACCACUUCUGUAGACUCUGUCAUCUAUGUGUGGGUCAAUGGAGGCUUCCAGGUGUUCCAGACAAUCAAGACGUUCUGCGCCACAGACUGGGAAAUGUUUCAGAUUGGCAGCAGAGUCUUCUUGGUUGUUGCCAAUGGGCACAGACUCCAUGGUAACGGACCAAGUCGAUAUGCCAUCAACUCCACUAUCUAUGAACUGGACAUGAAUGGACAGCUAUUUGUCCGCUUCCAGGAUAUUAUCACCUACAGUGCAGUGGACUGGGAGUUCUUCAGCCUCGGGGAGGAACAUUUUCUGGUUGUUGCUAAUUCCUUCAACGGAGAAUCCUACUCUCUCAACAGCAUUCUGUACAGAUGGCAGGGAUAUGAAGGCUUUGUUCCUGUUCACUGGCUCCCGACCAUUGGGUGCAGUGACUGGGAGUUUUUCAGCUUUAAAGGAGAAUCAUAUCUGAUCUACUCUAGUGCCAAAGCACCUCUCUCCAAGGUGUUCAAGCUAAAAACCUAUUAGACAAAAAGAGAGUGUGCACCUGGCUUUGUGAAUUGAUUUGUGUGUGAAUGUGUGUGUAUUGUGUGUCCCAGCAUUCUCUUCUUUGUGAGGGAGUACAUUGUCCUUUUGUGUGUCUGUGUGCUCCUGUGUGAGAAAAUGUCUGCAAUAAUGUCUGAAAUGUGUGUGUGUGUGUGCCUAUACAAUACUGUCAACUGUCAACCUCGAUUACAUACAGUCAGGUCUAUAGCAACUAUUAAGGCCAUGUCCUUAGUGUUGUUUGCUGGAAGUUGUGUUUUAGGUUUUAACGACCUUGAGGAGAUUCAAAAACCACACAGAAAUUGCACACGGUGGGUUUUGAAGAAUGACUCCAAUAUCUGUUAUAGUAAAUAUCUAUAAACUUGAGGAAAGAAAACAUUUUUUCAGAAAAAAACAUUGAAUUAAAUUGACAUAUGAUAAAAGUAUUUAGUGUUGUUAUAUCCUUGCCGUGUGGAGAGGGUUUUGAAACUGCAUGUAGACCAUAAUGCUGAGAGAUGAUGAUGAUUUUCUGUGGUGGCUCCUCAGAACAUUUCCAAGGGGUUUUGGCUGGGGGGAUUUGGUAUAAUGACCAACCCUGCACACAGUGAACUCACAACAUCAACCUGUCAGUGCCAGGUUAACAACUGAUGUACCUCAUUUUAAAAACAAUUAUAGAGUGCACAAGAUUUCUAUGAGAAUAUGUCUAUUUGUGCGCAUUGUUUGAAAGAAACGAAUACAACUCAAGACAACCUCUGUAAGAUUCUUAUCUUUCUGUAGAAACAUUUUUUAUUGAAAUCAUAUUUAACAUUUUUUAACUGGAAUAUGUUCUCUAAAUGAAAACUGAACUGAUUGUUAUUUUUUGCCUCUGACUGCAUGAAUAUAUAUAUA